AUGAAGGAUUACGAUUGUGAGAUUUUGUACCAUCUAGGCAAGGCGAAUGUGGUAGCUGAUGCUCUCAGUAGGAAGACAACUCAUUCGACUGUCUUGAUCACCAAACAAGUCUAUCUAUGUAAUGAUCUGAAACAGGCAAAAAUCGCAGUGGCAGUGAGGGAAGACACUGAGUUGACGGGACGGUUAUGCGUACCUGCAGAUAAUGGUCUUAGGAGUGAAUUGUUGGCAGAAGUUCAUAGCUCCCUAUUCUCAAUACAUCCUGGUAGUACCAAGAUAUAUCAAGAUUUGAAGCAGUAUUAUUGGUGGUCUAAUAUGAAAAGGGAGACAGUUGAUUAUCUCAGCAAAUGUUUAGUCUGUCAGCAAGUGAAGGCUCCAAGGCAAAAACCAGGGAGUUUGUUACAACCAUUGAAUGUACCUAAAUGGAAAUAG